UGCGUGCGUGCGUGCGUAAGCAAAUCGGCCUCUCCUUGCUCUCCGUCUCCUACCAAUCUGAAUACUUGCUUGUCAGGCAGUAGGCCGGCCAAUCCUGUUCCUAUUGUGUGCGUUGUAGUACCUGUGAUUCCUGCUCUCACACACUCUGAUCCGCCUUCAUGCUCCCUCCCCUGCUCCACGUCUUCGCACACAUGCUCACGACACACAGACGUACAUUCAUACGCACACACCUACUUCCUUGGCACCCACACACGUUCACACGCUGCCCAGUGGCUUUGUUGCUGGCAAGAGAGGUAAGCACCAGCCUUCACACUCCGACACUGACACUUGGGUGUCGGGUUGAAUUUUGUGACACUAGUUAAGCUGGCCAGGGCCUGGCUUCUCCUCCUCUCUCAUCCACCUGAGACGGUGUGCCAGGCCAACUGGAGCAGAGGUAUGUGGCGAUAGCUGUCAUCUUCAUCCACAAAAUGGAGGACAUCACCGCACAUUGACUUGGAUGUCAUGUGGAAAAUCGAAGCCUGCCGGUGUGCAGUGAUUUCCCCUUUCUCUGUUAUAUUUUCUACUGCACAUCACAGGCUCCUUGGAGCUGGUUGCACAUAGAGACUUAACUGCUGUUAGGAGUCAUCUUUUCAACUGAAAAGUCAAAGAGAUGACACCUUAGCUUGACUUCUGACUAAUCAGACUGGUGUCUUUCUAUUCAGUUGUUGAGAAGAUUCUGUCUGAAAAUUCCUCGAUAAACUGAAGUUCCCCAAGUAGCUUGAGGGUUCAAAGAGGGAAUUUAGAGUCUGGUGUGUACUGUGAUCUGUUUUAGUAAUACUGUGGUUUGUGUUUCAUUGUGAGUGUGAGUGAGAUUAUUCGUUAGCUGUCGUAUCGUAUGUUCAGUAGUAGUGGGACAACCAGUUUGGUGGCAACAGGACUGAAGAGGUGGUGCUGCCACCAUGCGUAAUCAAUUGCAAUGGCAUUCUUUCAACACUACAGCACCAAAAAAAAACUGAAACAGGAAAAAAAAGAGACGUACAGGUUUGGCUUUACAAUAGAUGUGUGACAUUUGGGGAUCGGCAGAAGCAAUGAGGCAGUGGACUGAAGGUGGCAGCACAGCUCACUCGCCCAUGCCUGUGUCGUCAGCAGGCCUGACAUCGCCGGAGCCCAAGCAGCAGAAUGAUCCUCGGGGCGCGCUGCGCAUCUCAGUAGGGGGUCUGCCUGUCCUGGCCUCCAUGACCAACACGCUGGACCCGCGCUUCCGCAUCAAGUGGCGCGCCAUCGUGCUGAUGGGAGCAGUCCUGGCCCUGCUGCUGCUGCUCUACCUGCACUUGUCCCCGGGGGGCGCCAACGGCUCGCUGUACUCCCCGGGCCACACGCGGGGCCAGCAGCACCACCACAGCAACCCCAAGGGCCCCGCACAGGGCGGGCUGGCGGAGCGCUACAACGACACCUACCCGCUGACCACUCCCGAGCGCACCGCCGAGGGCCUGCGCUACCGCAUCGCGGUCAUCGCCGAUCUGGACACGGCGUCGCGGCAAGAGCGUCAGAAGAACACCUGGAUCAGCUACCUGCGGCGGGGGCACCUGCUGGUGAGCGAGGGGGCGGGCCGGCCGCAGCUCAGCGUCCAAUGGGAUGCGGAAAAGGUGGAGCUGCAGACACACCUGUCGGAGAAGGGGCGGGGCAUGGAGCUGUCGGAGCUGACGGUGUUUAACGGGCGCCUCUACAGCGUCGACGACCGCACGGGAGUGGUCUACCACAUAGACGGCAACCGCGCCGUGCCCUGGGUCAUCCUGCCGGAUGGAGAUGGCAGUGUCUCCAAAGGCUUCAAGGCGGAGUGGCUGGCGGUGAAGGAUGAGCAGCUGUACGUGGGUGGGCUGGGUAAGGAGUGGACCACCACCUCGGGGGAGUUUGUCAAUAACGACCCCCAGUGGGUCAAGGUGAUCGGCUUCCAUGGGGACGUCCAGCACCAGAACUGGGUCAGCAAGUACCACCUCCUCUGCUCCGCCGCAGGCAUCCAGCCUCCAGGCUACCUAAUCCACGAGUCGGCGGCGUGGAGCGACUCGCUGCAGCGCUGGUUCUUCCUGCCGCGGCGCGCCAGCAGCGAGCGCUACGAGGAGACGGCCGACGAGCGGCGCGGCACCAACCUGCUGCUCAACUGCUCGCCGGACUUCCAGAACAUCCUGCUGAGCCGCGUGGGCCCGCUGGUGCCCACGCACGGCUUCUCCUCCUUCAAGUUCGUGCCCAACACCGACGACCAGGUCAUCCUGGCGCUCAAGUCGGAGGAGGACGCCGGCCACAUCGCCACCUACAUCCUGGCCUUCACGCUGGACGGCCAGAUCCUGCUGCCCGAGACCAAGAUCGGGGACGUCAAGUACGAGGGGCUGGAGUUCGUAUAGUGAAGUGACGAGGGCCGCGGGAGGGGGAGGAGUUUUUCCCCUGCUGAGCCUGAAUGAACGGUGACAAUGACAACAAAGACUUCAGCAGCAUCAUCAUCACCAUCGUCGUCAUCAUCACCAGUCCUCUUCAUAUCAGAUGUUCAGGCCACAAGGCUGGCAGGGCAGGGCAGGGCAGGGCAGGGCAGGUCAGGGUAGACUAGACCACAUCAGGCCUCCACUGCACUUGGCUGCACGUCAUGGACAAAACUCCCGGGACAAAUGAUCCACCCGAGUGACUCAUUGUGGUCGGAGUCCACAGCCCAGCUCCUCACCCACCCUCGCUAUCUCCGACCGGACCCAGGUUUCCCCCCAUCCUACAGCUCACCCCCCCCUUCACCACCACCACCACCACCCAUCUACACCCCCACCCAUGUUCUCUAUCCCAUAGCCCAGCCCCUCACCUCCAUUCUCCCCCCCACACACACACACAGGCUAGCCCCUCACCACCAUCUUUCAUUUCCUCCACCUCCUCCACCCAUGCUCCCAACCGCACAGCACAAGCCAGUCCCUCACCCCUCUCCACCCAUCUCCUCCUCCACCUCCAUCUCCUAGUCCCUCACCCCUCUCCACCCAUCUCCUCCACCUCCAUCCUUCCCACCCCACAGGCCAGUCCCUCACCCCUCACCACAAUCUCCCAUCUCCUCCACCCAUCUCCUCCACCCAUCAUCCUUCCCACCCCACAGACCAGUCCCUGACCCCUCACCACAGUCUCCCAUCUCCCAGUCCCACAGCACCGUCGCCCACCUCCAUCUCCCGGCUCCUCCACCUAUUCCCCUCCCUCCCCAUCCCGCAGUCCAGCCCUGUCCACAUCAACACUGCAGUUUGUCACUAGGGCAACAUGUGGGACAGAGGGCUUCCGGCCAGGGAAAGCCUGCAUUCCAGCAUCCUCCAACCUAGCACGCAUACACACACACACACACACACACACACGCAAUCCUACCAUACCACACCACACACCACACACCACCAGUCCAGUCACACACCACCAGAGUCCGUCACAGAUGGGCCAACGAGAACACUCACCCCAGACCCACUCAAACUGUCUGCAACUGUUGGGGUCAGGCGAUGACGUUGUUUUUAAUCAACGCGAGACUCCGAGAUGUUGUUCAGGCGACCUCAUGACGUGGUCAGGUGACCUCCUCGGGCCAGCUGGGCCCGGUAGUACUGUAUUGUAUUGACUGUUCAUAUUGAAUGUAAGAUGAGAGGAGUGCGGUCUGGUGCUCUCUCCACCUACUUUACUCAUCGCAGGGGCACUGAAGUACCAUGGUGAAUCCCAAUGCAUUUUUAAGGUGACAUUGAAUGGCAUUUUCUGUUUGUUUGUUUGUUUGUUUGUCUGUUUCGUUUUGGGUUUUUUUUAUUCAUAUUUUUAAUUCUGUGCUUUUCUGACACAUAUUUAAUAUCAUUUUUUGAUCCCCCGUCUUUGAAUCUAUAACUAUUUCUGUAACGAAACACUCGCAAACGUACCAUGACGGUGAUUGCCGAGUAGUAUUCCUAAUCUAAAGUUAAAACACUUAAGGAAAAAGAGUCGUUCUUCACACUGUGAGCAGUGAGGAGCCAAUGAAAGACCACAGAGCCCAAACCAGUCAACUGCUUUAAAGAGAAUCACACUAUGAUAUUUGGCCCUUUGAAUAAGGCCACACUAUAUGAUCUAUGGGGGACCUCUUGUACAGGGUCACACUAUGAUCUCUGGUCCUUUGAAGUGAGUAACACCAUGGCCUACUGUCUAUGAAUCUCUGUCUAUGAAUGCAGGCCCAUAUCCAGAAAAGCAUGAGAAGUACCAAAGAUAUCUCUAGAGUUCUCUGCAGAGGAGCGUAGUGUACCAAUGUUCUUUCGCCAUUUUCUUCUCUUUGUUGCCUUCUUCAUGUAUUUACAAUGUGAUAGGUCUGUCUUGGAGAGGAGAAGAGGUCAAACGGAAGGUGUAUGCACUACUUGUUUUAUAAUGAGUGUAUUCAUGACUUUUGAAGAAAAGUUACGGUGGGCUGGUUGACAUCCCUUUUCACCAGGUGAUUCACGUACACUGUGCCAUAAUUACUGACGUUCCUUAACAAAAUGUUUUUU